AUGCCAGGACCAAACCAGUGCAAGACGCGCUUCAUUGAGGCUGGGGACGUGGGCUUCGUCAGCGAUAAGGAAAAACCAGAACACACCGAGGGAAGGAUAAACUGCCAUGAAAUAGAUAUUGAGCCAGGCUUCCUAAUAACACGAGUAGCUCACGCGGCUGCAGAGUGCCAGGGAGUCAGGCUCCGGGGACGUCAUAAGUACCACCAGCAACACGAGGAACCGGCUGUUCAACUAGAGUUCUUUGAAAGUAGUGGAGGUGUGGCGCAGUGUUUCAGAAUAUGGUCCUCAGCUGUGCGUGGCAUCACGGACCGGUUUCUGGCGGUGCGGGGGCUGUGUCCCCUGAGGCACGGCGGUGCGGGCGCUUUGUCCCCGAGUCACGGCGGUGCGGGGGCUGUGUUCCCGAGUCACGGCGGUGCGGGGGCUGUGUACCCGAGUCACGGCGGUGCGGGGGCUGUGUACCCCACUCACGGCGGUGCGGGGACUGUCCCCGAGUCACGGCGGUGCGGGGGCUGUCCCCGAGUCACGGCGGUGCGGGGGCUGUGUACCCGAGUCACGGCGGUGCGGGGGCUGUGUACCCCACUCACGGCGGUGCGGGGGCUGUCCCCGAGUCACGACGGUGCGGGGGCUGUGUACCCGUUGCGCGGCGGUGCGGGGGCUGUAUACCCGAGUCACGGCGGUGCGGGGGCUGUGUACCCCAGUCACGGCGGUGCGGGGGCUGUGUACCCGAGUCACGGCGGUGCGGGGGCUGUGUACCCGUUGCGCGGCAGUGAGGGGGCUGUGUUCCCGAGUCACGGCGGUGCGGGGGCUGUGUACCCGAUGCGCGGCGGUGAGGGGGCUGUGUACCUGAGUCACGGCGGUGCUGGGAGCUGUGUUCCCGAGUCUCGGCGGUGCGGGGGCUGUGUACCCGAGUCACGGCGGUGCGGGGGCUGUGUACCCGAUGCGCGGCGGUGA